AUGAGCCGCACCUGGAGGACGGGGGACUUCAAGCGCGCGCGUUUGUCAGAGAGUAGCAGCGAGGACGACUUCGGCCACCCCAUGGACGUCGUCCAGAUAGAUCUGGACGAGUUGGAGAAGGAUCUCGAGUUGGAGGAUCCUGAUAAGGAGAAUAGGGCGCCGUCCCCCUGGGAGGAGGAGGAGAAGGCCCAGGUUUCACCCCCAUGUGAAGCUGAGGCUCUUGACUUCAUGCACGCGUGGCUGGAGCAGUGUCGGAUGCCGCCGCCGCCGCCCCCACGCGAUCCGGGGCCAGGAGGACCGGCUGUGGCACGCAAAGUGCCGAUUAAACCGCUCGCCCCGUACAAGGACGAUGGGUCGGUCCUUUUACCGCCGUCGCCCCCGCCGUCGCCCCCUCCACCCCCUCAGCCCGAGCCUCUGCCUCAAUUUCCUGACGGGGUGGCGCCUGGUGGUUCAUGUGCUGUCCCAACACCAUGGGUGGGGGCAAACGCCCAGGACCCCCUCGGGCUGUUAACGCCAGUGCCCACUAAGAGUAGCACUCCUCGCCGUAAAUCAUCAUCAGUAUGCACGCAGACGCCAGUACGUCGAACGAAGGAGAAGUCGACUCAGACUACUGGACCUGCUACUUCAGCUGCUGUCAGCCUUCCCUCUGCUACUUCAACUGUUGCCAGUCCGCCUGUCAACCUUCCCUCUGCUACUUCAACUGCUGCUUCAACUGCUGCCAGUCCGCCUGUCAACCUUCCCUCUGUGGUGCCAUUGAUGUCAGUCCCUCGGCCUGCGUUAGUCGUUCCCCCCAGGCGCAUCAGAGUGAUGCCCCCUUCCCCUUCGUCUAUGCCGCGUCUUCGUGAGACUGUCCCAGUACCCUACCCUCACCAUUGGCCGCGCAGGGCUUGGCCUAGAUAUUACUCAGUGCGGGGGCCGAGACCUGGGUCCUACUGGACCAGCCGUGGGCCAGUUGAAGACCAAUUCUAAUUUUCUUCCGUGGGCCUGUUGAAGCCCAUUAAGCUUUUUUU